AUGACUGAUAGCCACAUGUGCGCUGCAUCCUCGGAGCCUCUUUGGGCUGGGGGAGGCACAGAGGCACCCCCAGGACCCUGGACAUCACAUCGGCCAGAUGGAUGCAGCCGGAUGGACGGUAAAGUAGAAUACCUGGUGAAGUGGAAAGGAUGGCCCCCAAAAUACAGCACAUGGGAGCCAGAGGAUCAUAUCUUGGACCCUCGCCUGGUAGUGGCUUACGAAGAAAAGGAAGAGAGAGACCGUGCAUCAGGGUACAGGAAAAGAGGUCCCAAACCAAAGCGCCUCCUACUGCAGCGGCUGUAUGGCAUGGACUUGAGGAGUGCUCACAAGGGAAAGGAGAAGCUGUGCUUCUCUCUUGCACGGAGGUUUGGAGGAGGAGACAGUAGCCUGCCAGGGGCCAAGACAGGGCAGGCAGAGUUCCCCGAGAAGACUGGGGGUGCAGUCCUGCCAUUCUCUCUCCGGAAGCAACGCAAAAACCAGAAGUACCUGCGACUGUCAAGGAAGAAGUUCCCGCGCAUGGCGAGUCUGGAGAACCGAAACUGCAGGCAUGAGUUCUUCCUGAACGAUGCAGUGGGCCUGGAGGCCAGGCAGAGCCCUGAGGACUGGGAGGCCACGCAGCACACCAGCAAAGAAGCAGAUGUGGAUGCCAGUCUCCCUUGGAUCCCCACUGUGCCCCCCAGUGAAGUGACAGUGACAGACAUCACAGCAAACUCCAUUACCGUCACUUUCAGAGAAGCACAAGUGGCUGAGGGCUUCUUUCGAGACCGGAGUGCACAGUUCUGAAUCUCUGUUUGCAGUGCUCCCCCAAAUCAGUGCUUUUAGGGUGGGGCUAGGGAAGGGUUACGUUAUCCCUUAAGAGAAAAAAAAUCCAAAAUCUCUCCUCUAAAAAUGUUUACAGAGACCUUUUUUUUUUUCCCCUCCUUUUUCCCCUUUCAGAUACGCAAAAAAAGGGCAGUGUAGGGGGUGUGUGUUUGUCAUUGCUUUGUCCAGCUGAAAAACUGACAGCCCUUUCCCUGGCAAAGACUCCCCUCCUUGAUGUGAAAGCGAGCCGAACAAUUCGCCUUUUAUACUGUUAAGUGGCAGCAGCUGCAUUUGUGGGGAGAGGGCAUGCGGAGGUGGAAAGAGAGCUGAAUCUCUAGCCUGCUGCCUUGUUCUGCAAUUGAUAUCCCUCAGAUAAAGAUACAUCUCUGUACUGCUCUUCCCACCUUCCUCCUCCCUCUCUUCCUGCAGCAGUGAGAGGCGACGGAUCCUACCUGUGUAGAUAACUCCAGCCUGUUAAGACUUUCUCUCCAGUGCUGUUUUCCCUGUGGCCUGUUGUCAGGACUUCAGAAGCGUAUUUGCCUGUCUGUGGUAAGUCAGUCUUUGCAGCACGGGUCCGUAUAGACAGCAGAGCUUUCUCCCUCUGAUUGCUGAUUGUGUGGAAAGGCUGAAAUGCAUCUCUGAAAUCCAAACUGGCAACAUAAAUUCAAUUUGCCCUCAUUAAAAGCUCAGAAAGCCGGCAUAGUUGAGACACAUCAUCCUGUGUAUGCUAAACAGGAUUUCCAGGCUUGGCUCUGCUGUGUGAGGAAUGCGUUAUGGAAAGUGGGGGUCUUCUUACCCUUUGCCAAAUUCAGCAUUAAUAACAAAUCCUGCCCUGAAUCUGUGGUAAUAAGUUGGUUGAAAACUGACUCCUCUCCCCUGGGAGGAGGGACUAGUAGGACAAUUGAAGCAUUGCCUGGCACUGCAGAGAUAUCCAAGAUACUGGCACAGGCCCAGGACACAGGAAUUGGACAGAACUGAGCUAGAAAUGGACCUUGAUUAGUAGCAAAUUCUGUUCUUGGAUCCCAUAGAGAGAUCCAAAAUAAACAACAUGUGGGGAAGGCAUGUAUUCGAUUUGAGGAGGGGAAAAAUUCCUAAUUCUUAGCAAUGAGAAUUCUUGGAUUGUGCUGCCUGAGUGAUACUCUUCCAUGUCUCCAGUAUCCUCACAGUAUCUGUGAUCCUGUACUACUUUACUGAUAGGAACUUCCCCCUGGAAGGCUUAAAAAUCUUUGCCAAGGAAAGUGGUCUGCAUUUCAAUAGACCUGCCUGAUCUUGCACUUAAAAAUGCCUUGUGCUGGACUGCCUGUGACACUUUGAGGUUUUUGAAGAAUUGCUGUAUUUUGAAUUGGUAGUUUAGCAUAGCAUCUGUUCUUGCACAUGCAUGUUCUCUUCCAUUUUUAAAAGCAAAUUUUAUUUAAAUAACUUAAUUUUUAAAAUAUAGACCUUUUCCAAUGGGAAGCAAGAAAAGUAAGGUAGUCUAAAGUGGGAACUGCAGGGCAGAGUGCUGCAGGGUAACAUUGGCUACUGUCAUGAUUACUGUCCUCAAAUUCUGUUUCCUUACUCCACCCCACCUGAAGCAUCUCUUAUCUGCUGUAUUUAUUCAAAAUGAAGCCAUGAGCCUUCUUAGCUCUGAGAUAAAGACACCUGUGGAAAUCCUCAGUGUGUUUGUUUGAGGGGCUUGGCUCCUGGCCUGCAGAAUUUGGGAGCUCUAGGGUUUCUGGUCCUCCAAACAUCUACUUAUUAUAAAGUGCUUGGGCUACCACUGUGGGAUUUCACUCAAAGCAGUUUUUACCUCAUUUAGGAUAUGGAAGCUCAGUGCAGAUUUAGGAUUUCCCCUUCCAUCUCAGAGCUGUUGGAACAGGUCUGUCUUUCAUGCCAUCAGAACAGUUUCAGGAUCGCUGGGAAGAUCUUGAAUUUCUGGACUGACCUUUUGUCUCUCAAAGGAGUAAGAUGGGAGUUUUAUUAUGGAGAAAUCUGAGAGGGUGAGAAGUGGAAGGUGGGGGGGAAUUAUGUGGUGGGAGGAAGAGUGAGUGGAAAAGAAGCUUGCAAUAGCUAGCAAGGGCAAGCUGAUGAGGUAAGCGUGCAGGCGCAGGAUGUUUGUUGAACGUGGGUGUCCAGAGCGAGGCUUCUGUGUCUGGAGUUGCACCCUUUUUUGCAGGAUGUGGGGUCAGACAGUGUUGUUACCAUCACCCACACACCCCCUCUUCCUGACAUCUGCCAAAUAUGCUCAAUACCUGCAUCUCUCUUCUGUUGUGACCAGUGGACACACCACAUGGCCAAGUCCACUCUUGUAGGUUGGAGCAGGUAGUGAUGGUUGCAGAAGCAUAGUUUUCUAGCUUAUUUUAAAAAUAAGUCUUGAACUGCAGCUCAUCCUGCUAAAUCUUCGUGGCAUUUAUAGGAUCUGGUUUCUUUAUUCUAAUGCAGCAACUGCCUCCUUUGUCAUGUCUUCAUCUCAGUGUACAAAUGCACCAAAAAAAGCUUCCUAUUUACUAAGUUCCUGGGUUUGGCUGACAUUGGAAGCAAUAUCAAUCCUGCAGCAGGAAAGAACUUGUCCUAAUAAACUAGAUUUCCAUCCUCUGGUUUUCUCUCCACUCUCCAGCUGACACUUCUCAACACUUUGUUUUGGCAUUUUUCAUUAAACAUAUUUUCUUUCUCUUGCAGUGGAGUUUUCAGAGACCUGUGGCGGUCUUUCAAAGAGGAUCCACCCACAGCUUCAUAUCUUAAUCAUUUUUUUGGAUCAGGCUAUCUAGUGUUCUGCUGGUGACUAAUCAUCUUGCUACACGAAGCGUGGAACAAAGUACCUGGCUGCCACGCUGCUUUGUGUCAAUGAGGAGCUAACCAUAGUGGGGUUAAGACACAGCAAGCUGCAUGUGCGUGGGUUUGGAGGGGAGGGUGUGAAGAGGAGUUUGUGGUAGGAAACUAAGCAGUUACUUUGUUGGCGUGGACUUUUUUUUUUUUUGACAUUCAUGAAUUCUCGUUUAUCUCAAAGAACUUUUCACGAAGAUUUUUCUCCUGAUCUUUUUAAGAUGUGGCUCUGUUCCACAUUGUCUGCUGACAUGUCACUGUAAACUUCCUUGGUGGAGCUGGUCUUCAGGGACUUUAAAAUUAGCUUUAUUCCACCUCUGCAGGUGUAGAGAGGGUUUUACUAGUGAUGGAAAGACAGAUUGUCUGGGUUUGUCUCUUCUCCUCAAUAAUGUCCAUCUGCCAGUUCAACCCAAACCCUGGAAGUUGAAUUGGGACCUCCUGUGCUAACAUAUCAUGAAAAUCAGAUGCUGUGUUUGGAUCUUUGUUAAGCAUUCCGUUUGAUUAGAAGAGCCAGAAUAGCAUCCAGCUGAAGCUGAAUUUAAUAAUUCUAUUUGAAGCACAAGCCGAGAAUAGAAAUGGGCUAACUCUCCCAUACCUUGUUUGGCUCCAUGGCUGUAAACAAGAAAAAUAAACUUCAGCCAGUGGAAAUUACUGAACUGUACACAAGAAACAACCUUCUCAGAGAACUACUCUAAUAGUCUUAGAACUGUUUCCCUGUGAAAAUUUACCAGCAGUGUUGGGGGACAGAAGUGUUUAUUUUACAGAUCCUGCAGUGAAUUCACUGUGUAUGUGAUAGACCUGAGGGACUGGAAAGCCUUUUUUGUUAACACCGUGUUUUAAAAAAAAAAUCCACAUGGAAAGGACUGCCUCUGUUCCUGGAUGGUUAUAAACUAGAUGUUUUUGCUCUGAUAUACAAGUGAUGCCUUGGAACAGCAAGUUUUAACAUGUGAAUUGUGGCAUUAAGUAGCCUCCUGCAUGCUCCAUAUUGUCUUGCGUUUGCUUAGGGGCCCUUCUGCUUGUGAAGUCAGACUAAGGUGAUUUUUUUCUCUUUUUCUUUUUUUUUUUCCAAGAAAGAUCAGGAUAUUAUUGUGAGAACACCCAAAAACAGUUCCGUUUGCCAAAAUAAGCCCAAAUUUGUUAGUGAAUUGAGUCUUGUUUAUGUCAGAGCUCAGACAUAGAGAAGCUUAUUGAGAAAUGAAUGGCUGUUUUUGUUAUUAGUGUUGUGAAACUGUCCAGAAUUGUUCUUCUGGUGUUUUGUGACUGGAUGUAUAAAAUUGUUUGUUCACCUCACAGGGGGCCCUUGGUCCCAGUGCUGUUUCAUGCUGUAUGCCAGCUAGUGCUGCUUGAUGGUUUCACUGGAAUGGAGAAGGGAGGCCUCGCACAGGUCAAAAAACAGGCAGGGUAGCUCAGGCAAGUCCCUCCAUGGUAGCCACAACAGAGGCCGGGGUGCGGAAGGCAGUGGGGGCUGCCAGCCACAUCUGUGUAUGAAGCAAAGCAAAGUCUACCACCACCUCUCCACCUCUUCCUCUCCUCUCAAGCUUUGAGCUUUUGUUUUCAGAAGUAGGGAAAGUACAAAAACCUCCUUUUCUAGAGCUAAUUGCUAUCUACCCAUCUUUUGUUCCUGCCUGACUUACCUGCAGCCUAGGAAGAAAAGGGCAGUGGGCCUUUUUGGGAAAAUAAGAGGGAUAUAUACUGGUCAGAGGAGGGAGGGACAGAGUUGCCUGGAGCUGCUCUCACUAGGUGGUUGAGGAGGGGCCUUUUAGUGAGCUGGCUGUUGAGAGAGAAGGUGUGUUAUAAACAAAGAACUUGUAGUGAAAGUGAUCUCUUGCAUCUGUGAGUGGAGUUCUGAAUGGGCCUGCAGAGAGGCGAGUGCUGCAUUUACAUAUCAGUGUUCUGCCAUUUGGGAAUGCAAGGGAGAUGUGUAUGUUGGCAACUUGCAUAGGGUAAUUUCUACAUGAAAAUAUAUAGGAUUGGAACACAUUGCGUUUGCCAUGCCUGUUGUAGAGGUUCUCCCCAAGGGCAUGAUUAACUUGUUUUCAC